AAAGAGGGUCAUUCCGCUAAAGACGUUUAUCUGAGAGGUUUUAUGGGAUUCUCCAUCUCCAGAAUUUUUAUAGAAAAAGUCGUUUUAGGUUUAUUUUAUUUUUUCCGCUCAGAACAAAAAUCCUUGUUUUUGGCAUAAAUUGGUAAGUAGCUUUGGUUUUUCCCUUUGCGUUUUAGGGAGUUUACAUCUUGUAACAAUGCAAAAUGUUGAAGAAUUUCUGAGAUGAUCUUUCGGGAUAAUGGAUGUGAAACCAAAGAGAAAAAUUGUUACAGAGAAUGGGGAUACGGGAGAGGACUUGGUCCUUGCAACUUUGAUUUCAAAUGGAGAUGAUGUGGGCCCUCUUGUUAGGCAUGCCUUUGAAAUGGGGAGGCCUGAAUCACUUCUUCACCAGCUCAAGAAUGUCGUGAGGAAGAAGGAAGCUGAGAUUGAGGAUCUCUGCAAAACCCAUUACGAGGAAUUCAUUCUUGCGGUCGAUGAGCUUCGGGGAGUUUUGGUUGACGCGGAAGAGCUUAAAGGUGAUCUGUCAAGUGAUAAUUUUAGGUUGCAAGAGGUUGGGAGUGUUCUUUUGAUUAAACUUGAGGAGCUUCUUGAGUCUUAUGCAAUUAAGAAGAAUGUGACUGAAGCUGUCAAAAUGUCAAAAAGUUGUGUACAGGUGUUAGAUCUUUGUGUCAAGUGUAAUAGUCACAUUUCUGAAGGCCAAUUUUACCCAGCAUUGAAGACAAUCGACCUGAUUGAGAAAAAUUACUUGGAGCUGAUUCCUGUCAAGGCUCUCAGAAUGGUGAUUGAGCAGAGAAUUCCAAUUAUUAAAUCACAUAUCGAGAAGAGAGUUUGUAGUAAGUUCAAUGAGUGGCUUGUACACAUAAGGAGUUCUGCAAAGGACAUUGGCCAAACAGCAAUAGGCCAUGCUUCAUCCGUGCGUCAGAGAGAUGAGGAAAUGCUAGAACGUCAAAGGAAAGCAGAGGAGCAAAAUAUUAUGGGGUUAGAAGAGUUUUCUUUUAAUUUAGAGGUGGAAGAACUAGAUGACGACUCUGUUUUGCAAAUUGAUCUGACACCUCUUUAUCGAGCAUACCACAUCCACAAUUGCUUAGGAAUUCCGGAGCAGUUCCGGGAAUAUUACUAUAAAAAUCGCAUGUUGCAGCUUAACUCAGAUUUACAGAUCUCCUCAGUGCAACCUUUUGUUGAAUCUUAUCAAACUUUUUUGGCCCAAAUUGCAGGGUUCUUCAUAGUGGAGGAUCGGGUCCUCAGGACUGCUGGGGGUCUACUUUUAGCUGAGCAGGUUGAAAUAAUGUGGGAAACAGCUUUAGCUAAAAUGAUAUCUGUUUUGGAGGAACAAUUCUCCCAUAUGGAUUCCACAACCCAUCUUCUUCUGGUGAAAGAUUAUGUCACGCUUCUUGGGUCAACUCUUAGACAGUAUGGAUACGAAGUUGGUCCACUCCUUGAGGCACUUGACAAUUGUCGAGACAAAUACCAUAAACUUCUUCUAGAGGAGUGUCGUGAACAAAUUGUCAAUGUUGUUGCUCAUGAUUCCUACGAGCAGAUGGUUUUGAAAAAAGACUCUGACUAUGAAACCAAUGUGUUGCUGUUUAAUCUCCAGACCUCAGAUAUUAUGCCCGCCUUCCCUUAUAUAGCACCAUUCUCUUCCAUGGUGCCUGAUUCCUGUCGCAUUGUCCGAUCAUUUAUUAAAGGGUCUGUUGAUUACUUGUCCCAUGGUGUGUAUGCUAAUUUUUAUGAUGUCGUGAAAAAGUACACAGACAAGCUUCUGAUUGAUGUGUUGAAUGAGGUCAUACUCAAUACGAUUCAAAGCAACAGCAUUGGCGUCUCUCAAGCCAUGCAGAUUGCUGCAAACAUAUCUGUUCUAGAAAGAGCUUGUGAUUUCUUUCUUCGAAAUGCAGCCCAGCUAUGUGGGAUCCCUGUGCGGUCAGUUGAGAGGACUCAAGCUUGUUUAACUGCAAAGGUGGUCCUAAAAACUUCAAGAGAUGCUGCUUAUCUUGCUCUGUUGAAUUUGGUGAAUAAUAAGUUGGAUGAGUUUAUGGCACUUACAGAAAAUAUAAAAUGGACUUCGGAAGAUAUAGCAGAGAAUGGAAAUGACUAUAUCAAUGAAGUUGUUAUUUACCUAGACACUAUUAUGUCCACAGCACAGCAAAUUUUGCCUUUGGAUUCAUUGUAUAAGAUUGGAUGUGGGGCUCUUGACCACAUUUCCAACUCUAUAGUGGCUGCUUUUCUUAGCGAUAGCGUCAAGAGGUUUAGUCCUGCUGCAGUUAUUGGCAUCAACACUGAUCUAAAGAUGUUAGAGAAUUUUGCAGAAGAAAGAUUUCACAGUAUGGGAUUGAGCGAAGUGUACAAGGAAGGUAGUUUUAGAGGCUGCUUGAUUGAAGCACGCCAACUAAUCAACCUUUUGUCAAGCAGUCAGCCUGAGAACUUCAUGAAUCCUGUGAUACGGGAGAAAAACUACAAUGCUUUGGAUCAUAAGAAGGUCAGUACAGUUUGUGAGAAAUUUAAGGACACACCUGAUGGGAUCUUUGGAAGUCUUGCAACCAGGAACACGAAGCAAAGUGCGAAGAAGAAAUCAAUGGAUAUGCUGAAGAAACGAUUGAAGGACUUCAACUGAGAAUCAGAAAAUAAUCUUGAAUAAAAAAGUAGGUCCAUAUUUUUCCUCUUCACUCUUCUAGUUAACUUUUGUUUCUUGAAUGUAUGGGAAUCAUUAAUAUUUCCUAAUGAUACGUGUCCAUGCAAUAAAUAUGCAAUUUUAUUUUUCUU